CCAUAGAAUCGACAACUCCUGCAAGGCAUCGUCAUCAAGAUGUCUUCGCAUUAUCAUGAUCAUGACCAUGGGAAUCACCAUGGCCACAACCACAGCCACGGCGACGGCCACGAUCACUCCCACGAUUUAGAACCUGCCCUUCAGUCGAAUCUGUACAACCAGAUCGACUUUGACAGCAUCAUUACACUCAACGAGGCCGAGACCCGAUCGGGAGCAGGGAUUGUGAAAAAGACAUGGGACGAACGUCUCAACGAGGAGCCGGUGCUCGAAAGUGACGCAGACGAACAGUUGUUGAUGCAUAUCCCUUUCGCCGCAUCCUGCAAAUUGUACUCGAUCCUGGUCCGCUCAUCGGACUCGGACUCUGCACCACAGACUCUCAAACUAUUCCGGAAUCGCGACGACAUGGAUUUUGGUAUGGCGACAGAUCUUAAGCCCACACAGACCGUGAAUCUCCCGAGGAGCAAUGAUGUGGCUGAUAUUCCAUUGAACCGCGCUCUCUGGAACGGCACUACCUCGAUCAAUCUGUUUUUCGAGGACAAUCAUUCGGGCGGAGACGAGGAUGUCACUCGUGUUAGCUAUCUGGGAUUCAAAGGAGACUUUAUCGCUCUGAACCGGGAACCAGUCCAUGUCCUCUAUGAAGCAGCUGCCAACCCCAAAGACCAUAAAGUCAUUCAAGGCUUGACCAACACCAACGAGAGUAUGCCAGGACAGUAGAAUGGGUCGUCCAAGAAUCAUGUAUCUCUAUCCUCGCAGCCCCUCCAGGGGCGCGCAAUGUCGGCGCUAAAUUGCAUUCAAAUGUACCAACACCAUAAAUCAUGAGUGGGCGCACAAUAGGCUCCCAGUAGUUCUUCAAGACGCCUCCAAUGCAACUUUCCUCUGCCGGGCUCUUUCCUUCUGUCUCUGAACCUUCUCUUGUUCCAACUCGA